UUGAUGCUAAUAAAUCCUGGUUUUUCGCUUAUCACUUGAAACACCUCUAUUGUAAGCAGCAAUAGUAUUAACAUAGAAGGAGAAAAAAACAAGAAAAAACACAUUUUUAUUUCAGUAAUAGUUUUCGUGAGUUCAUGUAGCAUUAAAAUUAUAAUUAGAAAUGGUAAGUUAGUCAUGCAUUUAAAGUAGAGAAUGUUAAAACUUUGUUUUUUCUUGUCUGAGUGUGUCAUACUAUACGGUUAUUUCUGUGUAUUUUAGUCCAUCCAUUACGUGGAAGUUCCAUUGACAUUUAUCCAAAUGCUCGAUGGAAACAAAAUGGUAUCACUGUAGCUGGAGGAAGUGGACAAGGCAAUGGAAUCAAUCAACUCUCAUACCCAUUGGGUUUGUAUGUUGAUGAUGAUCAAACAAUCUAUGUUGCUGAUACAUCGAAGCAUCGUAUUGUGGAAUGGAAACAAGGUGCAACGAGUGGCCAAGUGGUUGCCGGUGGAAAUGGACAAGGAAGUGGAGAUCAUCAAUUGAAUUACCCAGCAGAUGUGAUUAUCGACAAAGAGAGAGAUAGUCUCAUCAUAUGCGAUACUUCGAAUGGAAGAGUGGUUCGAUGGCCUCGUCGAAAUGGGACAAGUGGAGAAACAAUCAUCUCCAACAUCUCCAGUGUGGGUUUGACAAUGGAUGAGAAUGGAUCUCUCUAUGUCACUGACUUUGGAAAACAUGAAGUGAGACGAUAUCGAAGAGGAGAAUCUCAAGGAACAGUGGUUGCAGGUGGCAAUGGACGUGGAAAUCGUCUCGAUCAACUCUCUCGCCCACAAUACGUAUUCGUUGAUCGAGAUCAUUCAGUGUACAUAUCUGAUGAGGGAAAUCAUCGUGUGAUGAAAUGGAUGGAAGGUGCAAAACAAGGCAUUGUCGUGGCUGGUGGUCAAGGAGAAGGAAAUGAUCUUACACAAUUGUCAUAUCCUGAAGGAGUCGUUGUCGAUCAAUUGGGCACUAUCUAUGUGACUGAACAAGGGAAUGAUCGAAUCAUGCGUUGGCCCAAAGGAGCCACACAAGGAAGUGUCAUUGUUGGUGGAAACGGUAGUGGAGGACAAUCCAACCAACUCAAUGGACCCAUGGGUUUGUCAUUCGAUAGACACGGGAAUCUGUAUGUCGUCGAUUGGAGAAAUUAUCGAGUUCAAAAAUUCAAUAUCGAAUUCAAUGGAUAG